AUAGAGAAAUGAUGACAGUUAUAUAACCACCUUCAUGAGUAAGAGGCAAACUUACUCUGAACGUCUCUGUGUGAAACUCUGGAACGUUGAGCAGGUCUUCACAGCUACCUAGAUCAGAGAGAUCGGGCAAGAAGUAAAUUUGCUCUGAAAAGAGCUACUCAACACCAAAGACCAAAGCAUAUUAAAGGUGGCGCACAACUUGGGCACUUCAGAGACUACAGCUGUUGCGGUGAGCUGAUGGACGACGAUGAGAAAGACAGGGCAAAGAGGGCUUCACGAAACAAAUCAGAGAAGAAACGAAGGGACCAGUUUAAUGUACUCAUCAAGGAACUUAGUACCAUGCUGCAAGGCUCCACGCACAAGAUGGACAAGUCGACUGUGCUGCAAAGAACAAUCGACUUCUUACAGAAACAAAAAGAGCUCUCAGCCCAGACGGAGGCUUGUGAGAUCAGGCAGGAUUGGAAACCCUCUUUUCUUAGUAAUGAAGAGUUCACACAGUUGAUGUUGGAGGCUUUAGACGGGUUUCUCAUUGCACUCAGCGCUGAUGGAAACAUUAUUUAUAUCUCCGACAGCGUUUCUUCAUUGCUUGGGCAUUUACCGUCAGAUCUAGUGGACCAAAAUAUAUUGAAUUUCCUCCCGGAACAGGAGCAUGCAGAAGUAUACAAGCUGUUAUCGAAUCAAAUGCUAAUGACAGACCAGGUUACUCGUGAAUAUCUGAACAAUCAAAAUCACGUCGAGUUUUGUUGUCAUUUGUCAAGAGGAUCAUUAGAUCCCAGGGAACUUCCUAUGUAUGAAUAUGUAAAAUUUGUAGGAAGCUUUAGAUUUCACAAUAUCGUGCCUAUGACUUCUUGCAAUGGCUUUGAAUCAGCCAUAUCAAGGUCAUUUCGAUCUGCAGCAAAAGAGCAAGUCUGCCUUGUGGCUACAGUGCGUCUUGUCAUACCACAAUUUUUAAAGGAACUGUGCAAUGUUGAGGAAUCAUGUGAAGAAUUUACAUCCCGGCAUAGUUUAGAGUGGAAGUUCCUAUUCCUGGACCACAGGGCCUCUCCUAUUAUAGGUUACUUACCAUUCGAAGUGCUAGGAACUUCUGGCUAUGAUUACUACCACGUUGAUGAUCUGGAGCUUCUAGCAAGAUGCCAUGAACACUUGAUGCAGUUUGGGAAAGGCAAGUCUUGUUACUAUCGCUUUUUGACCAAAGGACAGCGAUGGAUUUGGCUCCAGACUCAUUACUACAUCACCUAUCACCAGUGGAAUUCCAAGCCGGAGUUUAUUGUCUGCACGCACACAGUGGUGAGCUAUGUGGAAGUCAGAUCAGAAAGACGAAGGGAACAGGGCCUUGAGGAAUCUUCCCCUGAAAUCCUGCCCUCGACUGCACUGAAGACUCAAAACUGCAGGCAAUGUGACAGUGCCCAAGACAUUGCCGUAGAGAGAUUGAGUGGCAGUCGACCAUGUUCAGUAUCAUCUCCAAGUUCACACAAGUCCUCUCAAACUGCACUUUCAGAUACUCCAUCAACACAAUCCAAAAUACGAACAGAAGCAAGUACACCUUCCAGACAAUCAGUAAAUACAAACUUACAGGACAAGUCAGCUCAGAGACCACGGCAAGUCAGCGCUCAGGCCCUGAUGACAAUGCCAGCAUCGCCAGAUGCACAUCAACAGCAACCAGCUGUAAUCGCCACUCCACAACUUCCCUUGCAGCCCAUGUACCAAUGUCCUGCACAGCUGGGAGUAAUGCACCAGCUGAAGGAGCAGUUGGAGGAAAGGACUCGCAUCCUGCAGGCAAAUAUCAAGACACAACAGGAGGAGCUGCAUCAAAUUAAAGAACAGUUGCAGUUUGUGCAUGACUCCAAUCUCCAGAUGUUGCUUCAGCAGCCCAGUUCACUUGGGUUUAAUGCAUUGGAUCAUCAAGAUCAAGGACAGAAGCAACAACAGCAACAGCUACCAGGAAAUGUCAUGCAAAGCCCUUGCCUAUCCAGCAAACAGCUGCAAACUCUUGUGGACUCUGAAUUACAUGGCCAGCAAUUGUCUUCUUCCCAACAUGUCCUCAGGGAACCAAGUGUGAAAUCAGUGCAGGUUCAGCAGCAGUUCAUGAAAGGAGAUCAACUGCGACACGCCAGCUUGCAAAUCCACUCACAUACCAGUCGGAUCACACCACUCUUCAGUAACCCCAUGAUGUUUGCCCAGACUCCAACAGUACCCUGCCCUAUUCCACUGCCAUCUGACGUUAGUCAGAGCCACUCAUCUCCAGAAUAUGGACAUGACCGACAAUUAAGAUUAUUUUUGAAUCAACCCAUUCAUUCCAUAAUGCCAAACAGUGGUGAAACAGAACAGCUAUCCCAGAAUAAUGCAACGAGACAACAGGCCAAAUUUAUCCAAGAUCAGCAGAUGCUGACGGCACUAGCAAUGCAACCAAACAGCUGUAGUGCAGUCAUUGUCCCUUCUCCAAGUUCGGUGGCCGUCCAGCAUCCAAGUUUCUCCACACACCAGCAAGCCUCUAUUCAACAGCGACACAGCCGUCAUUCCAUGCAGCUUCAGCAGCGACAUCAAUAUCUUCAGCAAGUGCCACCGAGUGGAAUGAUGCAAGGUGACCAGUCGCAGCCUCUUUUCCUGGGAUCAGCACCACAGGUGAACAUGGGCUACCUCUCACAACAUCAAACCCAUGGGACGCAAAGCAACACCAGUGGCCUCGCAGACUUGCACAACAUUCAGUUGCCGCGGUAACCAAGGACAAUCACAGAGGCAGAUGAUGCAAGGCUGCAAAAUGGACGCACCUCCGUGGUGUAUUUGUGGGUAAAGAGCAAAUGCUCACCUGGUAGCUCAUCAUGAGAAAUGGGUGCCAGGAAUGAAGGGCACAUGGCUGGAGGGUAGCAGAAUCUCUGCAACGCAGAGUGAGGUGAUGCCACUUAUCACACAGGGAGCUGUUGCAAACUGACAGCAAAUUACAAAAAAAACAGAAAAAAUUCCCAAUGCAUCCUUCCUUCUCGUCAAUACACUACAUCCUGUUCAUAGGAAUGCACCAGAAGGAAGAUAACAGAUAGUCGGUUAUACCACUGGUUCAGGUCUGGAGGAGCCAGUACAUGUUUUGCAGUGACCUUUCUACCUAAAACACCAACCUCUCGAGGGCUUGCCUUCUUGCCAAGCAAAAUAAUUAUUCAGUAAAUCAUCACCUCAUUAGUCACAACUUGGAACAGCUAAUUUUGGUAUUGUUCAUCAGACUACGAGAGAUGUGCUUCUUUUAAAAACUCACAUGAGAACAGCACUUGUGACUAGACUAUCACAACAUAAAGCAGGCAUCACUGGUAAAAUGGUGGCAAAGUGACCUUGUUAAAAGCCGCGUUAACUGUUUUGUCAGGUGUUGCGUUACAUAGCUUGCACUUUUUAUUUGAUGCUAAUAGUUGCCAGUGGCAGGGAGUCAGAUGUGAUGCUGUGAAAAUAUUUCUGGUUGUGCUUCAGUCACUUAGAGCUAGCUAGAAUCGCAAGACAAACUCACUGUAAAUGUUACUCUGUCUAUAUCCUUUCAACAGCAUGUUUAUUUUCUAAAUAGCUUUUACUACUUUAUAUUUUUGAAAAAGACAAUUAUUCAUAUCCGACCACUACUAAGUGAAAAUUGUAAUCUCGUCUUGGUUCAGAGCCAGAUGCUUUCACUGUGGAUCCUACUGCAAACUUAACGCAAUGGCCCAGAUUUUGUGGUCGGCGGUAAAGAAAUUUGCUUUCUCCCCUGACCUCAAAGGAUUGUCCUUAGCAUGAACUUGACCUUUCCCCAGGGAACUUUAAAUCCGCUGACCAGAACAGUGAUGCAGAAAGCAAGUCAGCAGCAAUGCAGGAUUCAGACAAGACUAUCAAGAAUUAAAAAGCACUGAUUAUCUGCCAUUUUUCAUUUAAAUUUCAGGUAGCAGAAUAAAUAACUCCAACUGAAUUCAGAUAGAAGCUAAAUGAAAGAUGAACAUAUUUUCAAAAGGUAAUUUAAAAAAAACGUUGAAAUCUUUUAUCAUAUUAGGGCAUUCAAUCAGGUGCAACAUUUUCACGUUUUUUCAGUGAAAUUAACUGCAUUUAGGCCGAGAUAGAUUCUUUAUCAGUCAGGGAAUCCACAAAUAUGGGAAUGAGCAGCAAAGUGGACAUAAGCAACAUCAGA